AUGGCAGGUGCGCUUGCUACAUUGCUGGUGGUUACGAGUGCCGUGUGCGUGGCAUCGCUGAAUAGGAGCCAGGGUGACUGUCUCUGCCUCUUCGAUGUGGACCGGACACUGACUGGCCAGCAAGACUUAACCAGCCCGAAGUGUUCUCAGAAUCAAGUCCACCCCGGCAUCAAGGACACAGCAUAUGGUGGAGGAGAUCUUACGCUGUCGCAGGUUGGCCAGUCUUUCAAAGGAACUUUCUGCACCAACUGCUUCGUGGGCAUUGUCACCGCGGGGGAUGUCAGUGGAGCGAACAGUCAGGAGCGUGCGAUCCUGGUGCAGCAUCUGCAGUCUUCUGGAGGAAAGCUGCCAGUGACGGAGUGGUCUGGUCCUUCCAAGUCUGGUGAAGCGCGCCGGGCGUGCACUCCGCAGGACGCGCAGUCUACGCUGGUGACAGGAUGCCUCGAUGGCACAAAGCAGGAGGCCGCAAAAGGCAUCGUUGCCUGGCUUGCCAGCCGCGCCUCAAUCCCCCUUUCGAAUGUCUGGCUGUUUGAUGACCGCUCGAUGAACAUUAAACCCUUCCGUGGGACCGGCAUGAACGCAAAGCAGAUUUCUUGUGCGACGAGGAAUCCACAAAUGCAGAUUGGCGUAUGCGGUGCGACCACCCAGGAGAUUCUGCCAGCGCCCGGGGUGUCCAUUUGCGCCGACGAGGAGGACCAGGUUGUCGUGUGA